CCGUCUCCGUGUGUGUGCGCGUAGUCGCGCGCCUGUCCCCGCGCGGGCUCCGUAGCGCGUGUGCAGGCUGACGCAGCCCGCGGGCCCUCCUCCUGCUCUGCAGCGGCGUCGGCGGAGUUUUGGGCGUUUGGGAGGGGGGCGAGGGAGCGAGAGUCGAGAGAGGGAGGCGGCGGCGGCGGCGGCGGGGAGGAGGAGGAGGAGGAGUAGGCGCCGCCAUGGCCGCCGCUAUCACCGACAUGGCCGACCUGGAGGAGCUCUCCCGCCUGAGCCCUCUGCCCCCCGGCAGCCCGGGUUCGGCGGCGCGGGGCCGGGCUGAGCCCCCCGAGGAGGAGGAGGAAGAGGAGGAGGAGGAGGAAGAGGAGGCGGAGGCCGAGGCGGUGGCGGCGCUGCUGCUGAACGGCGGCAGCGGUGGGGGCGGCGGAGGCGGCGGCGGAGUGGGGGGCGGCGAGGCAGAGACGAUGUCGGAGCCGAGCCCCGAGAGCGCCAGCCAGGCCGGGGAGGACGAAGACGAGGAGGACGACGACGAGGAGGAGGAAGAUGAGAGCAGCAGCAGCGGCGGGGGUGAGGAGGAGAGUAGCGCCGAGAGCCUGGUGGGCAGCAGCGGCGGGAGCAGCAGCGACGAGACCCGCUCAUUGAGCCCCGGCGCCGCCAGCAGCAGCAGCGGGGAUGGGGACGGCAAGGAGGGCCUGGAGGAGCCCAAGGGACCGCGGGGCAGCCAGGGCGGCGGCGGGGGCGGCAGCAGUAGCAGCAGCGUCGUCUCCAGCGGCGGCGACGAGGGCUACGGGACUGGGGGAGGCGGAAGCAGCGCGACCUCCGGGGGCCGGCGAGGCAGCUUGGAGAUGUCGUCGGAUGGGGAACCCCUGAGCCGCAUGGACUCGGAGGACAGCAUAAGCAGUACUAUAAUGGAUGUAGACAGCACAAUUUCCAGUGGGCGUUCAACUCCAGCAAUGAUGAAUGGACAAGGAAGCACUACUUCUUCAAGCAAAAAUAUUGCCUAUAAUUGUUGUUGGGACCAGUGCCAGGCUUGCUUCAACUCUAGCCCAGAUCUGGCAGAUCACAUCCGUUCCAUACAUGUAGAUGGUCAGCGAGGAGGGGUAUUUGUUUGCUUAUGGAAAGGUUGUAAAGUAUAUAACACUCCAUCUACCAGUCAAAGUUGGUUACAAAGGCAUAUGCUGACACACAGUGGAGACAAACCUUUCAAGUGUGUUGUUGGUGGCUGCAAUGCCAGCUUUGCUUCUCAGGGAGGGCUAGCUCGUCAUGUACCCACACACUUCAGUCAGCAGAACUCCUCAAAAGUUUCUAGCCAGCCAAAGGCCAAAGAAGAAUCUCCUUCUAAAGCUGGAAUGAACAAAAGGAGGAAAUUAAAGAACAAAAGACGACGCUCAUUACCACGGCCACAUGAUUUCUUCGAUGCACAAACACUGGAUGCGAUAAGACAUCGAGCCAUAUGCUUUAACCUCUCAGCUCAUAUAGAAAGUUUAGGGAAGGGACACAGUGUUGUUUUUCAUAGUACUGUAAUAGCUAAGAGAAAAGAAGAUUCUGGGAAGAUCAAACUUUUGCUUCAUUGGAUGCCUGAAGACAUUCUGCCUGAUGUGUGGGUGAAUGAAAGUGAACGACAUCAGUUAAAAACUAAAGUAGUUCAUUUAUCAAAGCUACCCAAAGAUACUGCCUUGCUUUUGGAUCCAAACAUAUACAGAACAAUGCCGCAGAAGAGGUUGAAGAGAACUCUGAUAAGAAAAGUGUUCAAUUUGUAUUUAAGCAAACAGUGAACGACGUUUGCAAUCAACUAAAAAUUCGUCUAUCGAAUUAGGGCUGAAAAUUACUGUUAAAGAGUGUUGCAGUAUGUCUGGUGGCUCCCUUUUCAGGACUAGGGCUUUCUCAUGGAGUACAGUAUGUUAAUAUUUACCUAUAUAACUAAUCUGUUAACGGUUUUUGAAAAACCUUUCAAAUUAUUUGAAUAAUCUUCAUAUUUUCAUUUAACAUAUAUGACUCUAAUUUUUUUUCUGAGGAAAUCAUUUGGUUUUUGAGUUUUUUCUUAAUGUAAGAAAAAUUGUAUUUUUUUUACAAGUAUCUUCAAACUGAAUCUUUUAUGCACCAAAGUUGGUCUUGAAAAGGAAAAUAAAAUCACUUUCUUGCUUGGUAAGCAAGAAGCCAUAUCGAUUUUUUUUAACUUACAGAAAUGGAAAUAUGUGUAACUUGUUAGUAUUGUAUUAAACAAAUGUUGCAUAGAGAUAAUAGAACAUUGCUUGUAAAUAAUUCAGCAGAUUUGUAAUAUAUUUUUAUAUUUUGAAAUGUACUGUAGAUGUUUUUCUAGAGGCAUGAAAGUUAAAUGUAUAUAUUAUGGUAGAAAUAAUAUUGGAGGAUAUUGUAAUUCACUAGUGCUGCCAGAGGAAUUGUUAAUAAAAGCACCUUCUUUAACAAUAAAUGUCUUUCACAGACUUAAGGGGCUAUGUACUACUGUUAAUAUCUAUAAGAACAAAACACAUUGAACAUCCUUCCAGAAAGUCUUUGAGGGAGGACCUAUACCCAUAAUAGAAUUAUGGCACUCAUUUCUGACAGUGAUCAAGAAAUCAGUUAUUUCCUUACUGUUGGAAGGACAUUGUAAAGUAUGUGGUUAUAUGCAGUGAAACUGCAGAAAAUACUCCUGAUUGAGGAGUUUUCACUUUACUACAGUGAUAUAAAAACCAGCAGUUUUUACACUAAAUUUUUUAAAGAAAUAUUAGACAAAAAUAUAGAAUUAAACCUUUGGUUCCAAAAUGGGAAAGGUUCCACGAUACAUAAAUCAUUUCUCAUUUGCUUUAAAAAAUUUAAAAAUGUAAAAGUUAUGAGAGACUUUAUUCGUUAACAGUGGGGUAAAGAGCUAUAUACAUGAAAUGAGUCUUAUAAAAUUAAGUGAAGUGCAAAUACAAGCACUGCUACUAUAAGACAUUCUGGAAUGGUUGUUUAAUAAAGGUAUUAUCCAUUUGAUCUAUAGCAAUGUGAUUUUAUUUUUAAAAAGAAAAGCAGUGUGUUUUCUUUUUUUGUUGUUUUCUUUUGCUUAAGCACUUCAUCAAUUGCUUUAUUCUGUAUCUGCGAAGUAAUCUGCAAUCUCUUUUGUUCUUUUUAAAAUUUGAUUUGUUAUAAAAUUGCCAAAUAGAAGUGUUUCAGAUACAUAGUUUGUACCUGUAUUUUUAUUUUAUUGCCUCAUGUUCUUGUAAGUCAUUCUUGACCAAUGAUUGUAGACCUUGCUUGAGUAUUUUUUCUAAUAAAACAAAGCAAAUCACAUUUAGCUUCAAAUUGUAACAAUUCAAUUGAAUUUUAAAAUGACACCUGAAAAGAUACAUCUGAUAUUUUCUAUAUAGAGCGCAGUAAAUAAGUUUUUUCAUUGUGUAGAAAUACUUAGAUGUCAAAACCAGAUUUCGUAAUCCUUGAUUAACUUCUGAGUACUCAAUCAUAAUCUUUUUGCUGCUUAUCUGAUGUUGGUUUGAUACUGUUGAUUAACACACCAAAAAGAAUAUGGAAUUGAAAUGAGCUAGCUUUAUAACUUGUAUGUAUACAUAUAUACACAUAACAUCCAAUUAUGACUGGGUAAUAAGUGUGAAAAUUUUAAUUUGUGGUUUUCAUUUAUUAAUGUCUGCCCAUCUGUAUUGUUGCUCCUACCUUCAAAUAUGACAUAUUUGUAAUAUGACACCUGAAAUAAUAAGUCUGUUGUCCAGAAUUUAUGUAUUGUUCAGCAUCAAGCAAACUGUAGCUCACAAGCAUACCCAUUUAUAUGUUGUCUAUGCCUGCUUUCUCCUGCUGUGGCAGAAUUGAGUGGUGAGACCUUAGGUCCUGCAAGCCCCCAAUUUUUACUACAGGUUGGCAAUCCCUAAUCCAAAAAUCUGAGAUAAAAAAUGCUCCAAAGUCCAAAACUUUCUGAGUGCUGACAUCAUGCCGCAAGUGGAAAAUUCCACGCCUGACCUCAUGUGACUGGUCAUAGUCAAAACAUAAUUAAGACUUUGUUUCAUGCACAAAAUUAUUAAAACUGUUGUAUAAAAUUA